AUGGUUGAUUCAAAUAAUGAAAAUAAUGGUGGUGAAAAUCAAAGUUGGCCAUUAUCAUCAUCGGAUAGCUUGUUGAAAAAUAAUGAGUACAUCUCAUUACCAAUCGAUGCAAAUCUAUUACUUCCUUUAGGGAAAUCAGAAUUAUCAACAGCGAUUGGUAGAAAACAAUCGAUUUCAAUUAUCAAACCAUCAUUUCAACGAAUUAGGAAACCUCAACGAAGAUUUUUAAUGCUUCCAUUUCGACGUUUGAUGCUUGCCUAUAUUGCACCACGAAUUCUUCGUUUUCAAAUGUCAAUGUUAGUUAGCUCUCUAAUUGGAGAAUUAUCUCGCAAAAUCAUUGAUCCAUUAAUUAAUUUUUCAUCCUCUGGUCCAAAUCAAUCGGGAUUCAUUUCAACCACCAGUGGCAGCAGUCAAGAUAAUUUGAAUAAUGUUAUGGCAAAGUCAUUAUCAAAACAAUCACCAUCAACAAUGAUAUCGAUGGAUCAACUUAAACAAAUUCAACAUUUAGCAUCAAUAAUACAACCACAGGAAACAAAUGCACGGGCCAUUAUCGUUGAUCCGGAUAAAGUUACUGAACAUCAGCCAACACGCAUGAUGAGUACAAUGAAAGCUGCUGAUUUGAUAAAAAACAAGCCAACAAAACUAUAUGAUCAUUCAAUUCCAUUAGCAUUGAAUUUUUUAUCUAAAACCAAUAGAAUACCUCGAAAAAUAUCGAAACUAUCGAGAAUUCGAUUCAAUACCGAUGAAGCCUCAAGUAUUAACAAUGAAAACAAAAACAAAAAGAAAAAACAAUACAAACAACAAGAUUUUGUCGAUCAAAAUCACAAUGAAAAGGAUUAUUACCAUUAUAAUAAUGAUUCGAUUCAAUCUUUCAAAAAUAAUCCCCAUAAUCUAGAUCAAUAUAAUAAUAAUAAUAAUGUUGAUGAAGAUAAUAACAGCGGUGAACACGAUAAUGAUGAAUAUGAAAAUGCGAAAAAGAGGAAAAAAAGGGCGAUAUUAAGAUAUAGCUAUAGUAUUCAUGAUUCUAAUAUUCAAAUCAAGCAUAAAAUUAUACCAUCAUCUUGA